UGCUAACAUUUCUUUCUACAUUUCUUAUUUCACGUUUUAUAUUUUUUGAUAAAUUAUAGUAGCUUUUUCAACCCUAUUUACUAACAUUUGCUCUUAUCUUUUCCUUUUCAUUCUUUGCUUGCCUUUGUGAGCUGUUGUCUCACUUGGAUAACUCACGCUCUUAAAUUACCUUUUACUUCUCAUUAAUGGUUGUCACUUUGAAUUACUCUUGAACAUCAGGACGGAAAGCUAAUGAGCCUCUUUUCACAAGUCCCAAUGGUCAGGAAUACUCCCAGUCAUCAGCAAACGUAUCAAAUAAAGAUGAUAACCUUGUGGAAUACUCUCACUUACAAGACAAUGAAAUGUGUUUAACAGAAUGCUGGCCCCAUUCUGGAGAGGAAAUACCAAUCAUUUCUCCAGGAGACAAUAUUGAAAAGACGGUCCAUUUAAAUUCAGAUGGCACAAUGACUGUUGAAAUGAAAGUUCGCUUUAAGAUAAGACAAGAAGAAACCAUCAAUUGGUCAACCACAGUUAGUCGUGCUGAUAUAUCAUACUACAAGAAGAGACUUUUCUGUUCUUCUGUAAAUCCAGAAAUUGAAGCUGUAAGAAUUAGGGACCCGCCAACGAGAAGUCUUUUUCUGGAUAACAAAAUCCAUGAUGAGUGUAAAGACUCAAUGGAAUUUCGAUAUGAAUCCAAUGUCGAAGAACAAAUAGACAAUGAUGUUGACACUAAUGAAAGCAAAACAUCAUCAUCAAGAAAUGAGAAAUCUCAUUUCUACAGACCUCCAACACCAGGGAUUAGAAAAAGCCAAGAAAGGAGGGCUUCAAUGAGGAGAACAUCAGAAGGGAGCCUGCAAGAACACAUGAAACAGAUGUUCACUUACCAGGAAAUAGAGCAUGAAACUGCUCAGUCUGUUGAUGGUAUAAAGAAUGACUGUAAUACACAGAUGUUAACAACUGCAGACAAUGUUGACUCCAAUGGAGCUGAUCUAAGUCAGAAUUCAAUUGAUCACAAUAAUGCAAAGCACUUAUCCAAAUUAAGAGAGGACAGUUUUGAGAUGCUGGAGAGCACUGUUAUGGAACUGUCACAAAGAGAUACUGUGUAUGAGAAAGAUGUUAGAAAAUCUUUAAGAAAUGAUUACAUGUGUAUCUCUGGAUCUUCUAAACAAGAAAGACCAAGCUCAGCAGGUAAGAACAAAUACAAGCAGGAGCAAUUUAGAUUUAAGGAAAUCAAGAGAUCAAUGAGCACUUCUGUUACAUACUCUGAGCCCUCAACAUUGAAUGAAAACACAAAACAUAGGAUUAAAGACUUUGGAGACACUAAUAAAGAGUGUUUAGAUACAGGAGAUGUAGAACAUUCUGCAAUACUAAUGGAGAAUGUUCCAGCUAACAAGAAUUUAACUGCAACUCAUAACUCAUUGUGUCAACCACCAUCUACUUUAGGGGACAAAACAGACAGAGGGUCAGAAAAUGAAACCUGUGCUAGCAAUGACAGUUAUUGUGCACCUUCACUAAAACAAAAGAAGAAGAAAAAAAAGAAGACUGCAGUUGAUCAGGCAAAUAUUCCAAAUUGUAAUUCAAUUGCUUUGGAUUCUCAAAAUAUCGAAUCUCGGCAUCUAAUGAAUGAAGUAUCAUGCCGAGAAAUUAAUCCUGAAGCAAAAAAUCUCAUGUUUGAGGACAUAUUUCCUCCUUCUGUAUCAUCGCAUCAGCCUGAACUGAGGAAAUUAAAGGGUGAUAAGAAAAUGGCAAAAGUAAAACCAAGCUCUGUUAAGACACACAAUGAAUUACUUAGUGCCCCAACUGAAAACUGUAAGGAAAUAAAACAAGAGAAUACACAAGCAGAAAUAGACCUUUGUGCAGACUGUGGGGGAAUCAAUGUGUCAAAUUGUUCUGUCCUUUACACUCAAGAUCAAUUACAGUGUUCCCCCUCACAAGAUAGCUUUGUUCCAGGGGUACAGUUGCCUAAAAUGAAUUUAAAAACAUCUAAAAGAUCCCAGAAAACAACAAAGAAACAAAAGAAUCCUAAAAAUAAAACAAAAAACAACAAAACAGUAAAUGGUAAAAUGACGAGCGAUUCAAACAGUUUAGAGUCAGAAAAUGUGGAUUCCGCAACGCUCCCUGCUGUGCUUGAAAAUUAUGUGCAAAACUGGCUGAAGAACAUUUUCCCAAAUGCAGCCUUUCCUUUACUUCAGAUGAUCUCCUCUACAAAAGUAGACAAUAACACUACAUGUGUCAACGCUAGCACAUGUACUCAGACCCAUGUAAAUAACGGAGAUGCAGGCAGCAAUGCAAACAGUGGUGAGACCCACAAUGAUGAUGGAAAAUCUGUUAUAGAUAGAAGUCUGAAAGAUCCAGAUCACAAAGGAAUUCAUGAGGAGAAAGAAUCUUUGGUUAAAGAUCCAGAAUCAUUUGAAGAUAAUGUUUCUGUUUUUAUGGAAAAGAGUAAGGAUAUAGCAGAAUUAGUUGCACAGAGCUUUGAUGAAUUUCAGCAUAACAACAGUUAUGACAACUGUACAUUUGAGGAGUUAUUCAAGAAGUUGGCAAGUCACCAGAUCAUGAGCUUAGAACAAAAGAAAAUAAGCUCAGAUGUUGCUAUACAGGUUGAAAAUGACACAAUUAAAAAAGUACCAACAUAUUGUAUGAAUGGUGAUUACAAUGAAGAUGUAUUGACAGAACAGUUCAAUGUGUGUCCUCAGAACAUUAACAGAUCUAAAAAAAGACACCUAGAAAAGUCAGCGAGUCUUCCAAAUACGCCACUUAAAGCUUCUCCUUCUUCAUCUCCCCAACUUUUGCUUGCCUGGCUGAUCGUUUUACAUCUAAAACAAGGUAUGUAUCAUAUGGUGGAAGACUUAUCACAGAGCACAAACAAUUUCUCUGCAAUAUUUACACUGCUUCAGUCCCUGAAAAAAAUUGCCAUUACAGAAAAUGCUGAUGAUUUAAAGGCUGCUAUUCUACAUCUCCAAGAGUCAGCAGUAAGGUUUGAUACAGCAAUGAAAACCCUCCCAGAUGAUUUUAUUCCUACACAAAAAUAUCCUAAAGACUCAGAAGAGAGUGUCCAGGUCAAUAAUACGGAUGCUGACAAUACAACUAGCACACAAUUAAUAAUAACCGAAUCUUGUGAAAAGCCAGAUCUUUUGAGAAAUGAUGAAGACCGCCAUGUUUUAACUGAUGACAUGGAUGACUUCAGAUUCUUUUCAACUAUUCCUUACAGAGAGCUUUCUGGGGAAUUCUGUAGAAAUGAAGCUAAUGACAACCCAGAAGAUUGCAGUUUGCUAGGAAUGCACAAUAAUCUCAAUAAUGAAUCAGCUAGUUCAUUAGACAAUGUUGACCAGGCCUUAGUAACCGAUAGACAGAAUUCUAAAGAACAUCCUGUUGAUUUGUCAGAGAAGCCUUCACUUAAAUCAGAUGUUGUAAAUGGAAAUGUCAACAUGGAAAGAAGUUCAGCUUCUCCAAAAAUGGUGUCCAAAGUUAAAAUGAUGGUACAAGAAAUGGAAGAAAAGAAAUACUCUUUCUGUGCUUCUGAGUAUCCAAAGUCUUUACAAAGCCCUAUAUCUGAUUCUGAUUGGUCAGAUUACAGACCAGAUAGUGAGGAUAGUGGUACCCUGAGGGCAUCUAGUGAAAUUUUGACAGAGAGCGGAGAGGAGCAAAUACAUGAGAAGCCCUUCAAGACAGGAUUUGUUAAAAGAGCCAUUGAAAGACUUUAUGGUAAGACAGAGACUAAGAUCAUACUACCUAAGACUUAUGUAUCACCAAGCGCUGUAGUCCAAACACAGCCUAAACAACUUGUAAGCAAAGACAACACUGAAUACAUGAGUUCCAGCCAAAAGCACCCGUGCCUAUCAAAAGAAAGCAUGUCACGGUCCUUAUCAAGCCCUACCAAACAAAUUGAAGAUGGAUCAAAAAGUUUGAAAAGUUUAUCAGUGCCACUACUGGAGGAUGAUAUUAAUCAUGAUUAUUUGAUUUCCCAAAAGCCUAAUAAAGGAGAGGUUCUCAUAGAGAAAGGCCGAUGGUUGCUGAAGGAGAAUCAUUUGUUAAGGAGGUCACCACCUGAAGUAAGUGGAAUGUAUGGAAAUCUAGAUACAACUUCUGCAGACACACUUCUUGACAAUACAAGUGAUGAUGUUCCAUACCUACAUCCUGCUUGCAAAGUGAGUCAGCCAUUAGCUGAGGUUUCCUCUUCUGAGUUAGAAGAUAUGGCGAAACCUCAGACAUACACAUGCCAUUACUUUAGCAUGCCCCACGGAAGUGACUCAGAACCCUUUAAUGAUACGCACAGUUCCAAGUCUAAAGUCAGACCCAAAUCAUCUGGUGGGUUUGUUAAAAGAAAAACACAUUACUCAUUAGAGUCUGUAGAGAAGUGUGGUGCAAUUAGCGGUAGUCUACCAUCAUUUACCACUGUUGACUUCAACUUUUCAGAUAACAGAGUACAUCCAUUGCCACAAUCAGAUCUUGAAAAGGCAGAUAAUGCUCAAAAACCCAAUUCUUCCUGUGAAAGCCGAAGGCAAAUACAGGAACAAGAUUCACUGGACAAGCUCCAGCUUGUUUGUGGUCAACACUGUCCUAUCCUAACUGCGUUAAUUAACCAUGUCAAUGAGAAAGACAGAGGAUUUGUCUAUUGCAGUCCUUAUGACAUAGAAAAUCAACUGCUGCAAUCUUUUUUGACAGACACCACACAUAGUACUUUGUUAAAAAAAUGUGUAUACACAGAUGAAAAUAACAACAUACACAAUAUGAACUUCAUAAACCCUAUGAAAAGCCACAAUGACAGUUAUACUAAUAUAUUCUUCAUUUUUGAUAGCAACAAUUUUGCAGGUAUAAAUCUUUUGAGAAAUGGAAGUAAAGACAGGCAAUGUUUGUUAAAUCUCUAUCCAGUUUCCUGGUCUGCAGGACUUGAUUCUAAUGAAAAUGAUGAAAAUAACAAUAAUCUUUAUUGUAGUACAUAAACCAAAAUUCUUUAUUUUUGGUUCCUAUAAAUAACACAUAUGUCACUGUUCUCAUGCCAGACACAUCCAUUAUUAUAUACCUUCAGAGAUACAGUAUCUCACAAAAUUGAGUACACCCCUCACAUUUUUGUAAAU